UACAAAACCAUUUUAUUCUCAAAAAAAAUUCUCUAGUUUUGCCUUAAAAAAAAAGAAAAAAAUUAUGUAUAAUUAUAGUGUUUGGAGUUCGUUAGCAAUUGCAAUUUUUAUCAUCAUUUUUCAUAAGAAAUUAUUCAUCAUAAUCAUUCAUAGAGUGAAACGAUAUGCACAAUCAAACAAGACGAUUUCACUACUUCCUUUGGGAAAUCUUGGAUGGCCUUACAUUGGAGAAACCUUAGAGUAUAUUUCUUCUGCUUACACUCAUUCUCCUGAAUCCUUUAUGGAUAAACGUCGCCACAUGUAUGGGAAAGUGUUCAAGUCGCAUAUAUUUGGAAGUCCAACUAUAAUUUCAACAGAUGCAGAAGUUAAUAGAAGUAUUCUUCAAAGUGAUGCAAAGACUUUUGUGCCCUUUUAUCCAAAAUCUCUUACUGAAUUAAUGGGAAAAUCCUCAAUUUUGCUAAUUAAUGGAAGUUUACAAAGAAGAAUCCAUGGCUUAAUUGGAUCUUUUUUCAAAUCUCCUCAUAUUAAAGCUAGAAUUACACAUGACAUGAAGAAAUAUGUACAAAAAUCUAUGGAUAAUUGGCAAGAAAAUUGCCCCGUCUACAUCCAACAUCAAGCUAAAAAUAUUGCUUUUCAAGUACUAGUCAAAGCAUUGAUUGGUAUAGAUGGAGGUGAAAAAUUGGACAUAUUAAAAAUCAAUUUUCAAGAAUUUAUUGCUGGUCUUAUGUCUUUGCCAAUUAAUUUCCCUGGCACUACACUUUAUCGUUCGUUACAGGCAAAAAAGAGGAUGGUGAAAUUGAUACAAAAUAUUAUACAAGAAAAAAGGGAAAAGAAUAUUAUGUCAACAGUAAAUGACGAUGUAGCUGAUGUUUUAUUAAAUGAUACAAGUAAAGAAUUAACAGAUGAAUUAAUAUCUGAUAAUAUGAUUGAUUUUAUGAUACCUGGUGAAGAUUCUGUUCCAGUAUUAAUAACUCUUGCUAUUAAAUACCUCUCUGAUUCUCCUCUCGCUCUCCAACAACUGACGGAGGAGAACAUGACACUAAAGAGGUUGAAAGAAAAGCAAGGAGAAACAUUAGUGUGGAGUGACUAUUUAUCAUUACCAUUUACACAAAACGUGAUAUCAGAGACAUUAAGAUUGGGAAACAUAAUAAUAGGGGUAAUGAGAAAAUCAGUGAAAGAUGUGGAAAUAAAAGGAUAUUUAAUUCCAAAAGGAUGGUGUACUUUUGUUUAUUUUAGAUCAGUUCAUCUUGAUGAUAAUCACUAUGACUUCCCUCAUCAGUUUAAUCCUUGGCGUUGGCAAAGCAAGGAUACAAAUAAUUAUUGUAACUUUACCCCAUUUGGAGGUGGACAAAGGUUGUGCCCUGGGCUGGACCUUGCUAGGCUGGAGGCUUCAAUUUUUCUCCACCACUUUACUACUCAAUUCAAGUGGGUAGCUGAGGAGGAUUCAAUUAUCAAUUUUCCAACUGUAAGAAUGAAGAAAGGAAUGCCCGUUUGGAUUAAACGAAGAGAGACUAAACAAUGUUAAUACAUAUAUUAGAAGAACAAUAUAAACGAAAGAGAUUAGAGAGAGAGAAAAAAAAAUAGUUUUUUUCUUCUUCAUUUCAUUCUUA